AUGCCAUUGCAUUGCACAUGGGGUCAUGAGGGCGGUCAUCACCGCCGUGAUUGUACAAAACUGCACAACCAGACUACUACUUGCUUUGACUGUGGCCAGCUCGGCCAUGUUGCUCGUGUUUUCCCUUACAAGAGUGAAGGCAAGGGCAAGGAUGCCCAACCCAACAAAAAGUCAUGCAAAACCCCUUUGCUCAAAGGUAGCAAGAAGGAAGGCAAGCAACUGGCAGCAUCUGGCACCUGCAACAACGCUGGCAGCAUUCCACAGUCUGAUGAGCAGCAAUCGCACCCUGCAGAAACAACGACGAACACUGCCACGAGCAGCGACGAGCAGACGACGAAUUAUGACGAGCAGACGAACCCCGACGGGCAGAGAACGAGCAGCGAUGACAAGACGGACAGCGACGACAAGACAGGCACCGACGAGAAGACGACGAGCGAAUGUAACGACGAGCGACGAUGUAACGACGACGGGUGGAGAACCAGUGCGACCACACCUAGCAGCAUUGCACCACUAAGUGCCACCACAUUGUCUGCUACACAAGCACGACCUGCGAAUGGUCAGGAAACAUCAUCUGACGAUGUCGAUGGCAAUAUCGCCAUGAGUGCUGCCGUCACGGCCAUCGUAUCCGCGCAUACACAGACUGAACAUGCCGUCCAACGCGUUGACAGCCCUACCACUGCUUCGGCCGCCGACGACAGUCAAGAUUUGGAGGCUUACUUCCAGGCUUUGCCUAUGUCCUUGACUGCACGUAACUCUCUCCAGAAUAUGUCGUCGACCAAACGUGGCGCAGUCCGCAAAGCUUGCGAUGACAAACUCAAAACACCUAUCUCUGCCAAUCUGAUCCACAAACCUCGACGAUCAACACAUGAUCUGAAACAUAGCCAGAAAAUAUGCGACAACAUUGCCACCGGGCAAUCUAUCGCUAGGGGUGAUGGCUCCAACCCCACAUUUGACACCCAAUGA